CAAAAAAAUUGCACUUGUGUCGUGUCUGUUUAGUAAGAGCAACUAAAUGUACUGAUCGUUGCAUUUUGUGGAUUUGUACAGUGAAAAAACCAUGGAAAUUAUUCGAGAGCUUUCAAAUCAGUAUGUGCUUUACAUACCAACGGCUUUGGUAAUUUUUGGGGCGAUUUUAGUUUUUACUUUUGGAUUUAAAUCACCAGAACAACCACCUUUCAAUAAACUCUCAAGCGACGACAGGAAGUCGACUGGAAAAAAACGGAAAAUAAAAGAAAAGAAAUCUUCUGCAAACGGUCAUGUUUCUACUGGAGAAGCGAGACAUGAUAAGUCCCCAGCAAAGGAGCCUAAGAGGUCGCCAAACAAAGAGGCACCAGAACCAAAACAAGAGAAAAAAGAGAAAAAAUUAGAUAACAAGCAAGUGGAAAAGACCAAGAAAAAUGAAGUCAUAAAGAGCAAUAUCAUUGAAGAAGCUAAAAGUAAGAAAAACAAUAAGAAGGCGACGGUAAAACCAGUCGAUUUUGAUGAAGGCGACUGGGAAACAGUGCCACUGAAAUCUGACAAAAAGAAGAAAGAACAGUCACCAGCUAAAAAAGAAAAGAAACCAAAGAAAGCUUCCGACAAAGUAGACAAGGUAGAGAUCGAAAAACUUGUUAAAGAAGUCGUCAACAAAGAGCUACGUGAGUUAGAUAGAGACAUUAAAGAGGAAAUAACCAUCGAAAAAGUGACUAAAAAAGAGGAAAAUCUUGUAAUUGAAGAACCGGUAGUUGUUGUGGAAGAAAAGAAGGACAAGAAGAAGGAAAAGAAGGCUAAAAAGGAAGUAGUUGAAGAACCUGUGGCUCCUCCUGCAGAGUCACAGGAGAAAGAAACAGUUAAAGAAACUGUUAAAAGCGAAAAGAAGAUUGAAAAAACUGAGAGUGCACCUGCACGUAAGGCUCAGUCUAAGGAAGCUGCCCCGGUGUUUGAUGAACUUGGUGAUGUAUGGACAGAAGCCAAGGCGGCGAAGAAGAGCAAAAAGAAAGCACGUAGGGACAACUAGAAACGUCAGUAAUUUAGCUUAUUUAUUCCUGCACGGUACAGGCUAAGACUGUCGUGUCAGGUACAUGUGAUUACAACCCCAGACAUGUGCUAAGAGACAAGAUCUCAUAAUCUAUAAAAAAAAAGACUUAAAUAGUUGACUAUCGUAUUAUGAUGGGUGCAAAGCACCUGCGGGAUAUCAUACAUACUCAAAUCCAUAAUCGAAGACGUAAUGUCACAGGCAGCCUUUGCGGGGGAAUUUUCAUUGCCUGACUGCUGCAAUUUAACAUGCAUUCCAUCACAAGGAAAGUAAAACAUUUAACUUAGAUCCGUAACGAUUAGCAAUCUUUAAAAUGUGUGCCAAAAAUGAAAAAUCCGAAAAAAAUUGUGUAAAAAAACUUUAAUCAAAUUGUUUAACCUAUCCAAUGAAAAUUUAUGGCCUUAUAGUGUCUCAUAUUCGCAAAUAAUUCAUAUUUUUAAUAAUAUAUUUUUGCGAUAAGGUUAAAUGGUAACAAUCGUAGGUUAAAGUCUUCCAAUUGUUUUUCAUCGUGUAUUCCUAACAUUUUUUUGCAUUUUGUUUCAUUGUAUUUUUUUUAUUGUUGUUUUAACACCGGGGUUUUAAUUUUUUUCAAAGAUUUGAUAUAAGAAAUGUGGAAUUCUAAUAUGGUUUAUGAGUCGAAAGUGCGGGGGAGGGGACGCCAUAUUAUUAGCAAGUUGAUCGUUUAAUACAGGACAGAGGAAAACCUGAAAUACCUCAAUUUACACGAAGUAAAAUAUUUUUUCUUGGAUAACUUCUUUCAGUUCGGAUAACGGUUCUUCCAUAUUCAGUCGUGGACAAUUAACGACGUUAUUUUACACGAAAAUUGUUAUAAUAUUUUUACUUAUAAAUUAAAAAAUGUAGUAACGAUUCAUAUUGUGCCGCAUUUAUAAGUAAAAAGGUGAAAGAAAAUAAUUUUAAUUAAAUAUUUUUUUUAAAAAAGGCGUACCUGCCGCAAAAUAUUUGUUUAUGCCGAAAA